AUGAAUGGACGUUUGCAUUUAGGCCACACAUUUUCACUGUCCAAAUGUGAAUUUUCCAUCGGAUUCAACCGUUUGAAAGGCAAAAUGACUCUGUGGCCAUUUGGUUUCCAUUGCACUGGGACUCCUAUAAAGGCAUCAGCAGACAAACUCAGACGAGAAUGUGAACUUUAUGGCUGCCCUCCGGUGUUCCCUCUUGAGGACUCAGAAGCUUUACAGGAAUCCAAGGAAAUUGAGGUGAUCAAAGAUCCGUCGAAAAGUAAAAAAAGCAAAGCAACCGCAAAAUCUGGGGACGUGAAGUAUCAGUGGCAAAUCAUGGAAAGUAUGGGCUUAGAUAGUCGAGAAAUUGCCAAAUUUAUUGAACCCAAUUAUUGGAUGGAGUAUUUUCCGGUUAAGGCGAUCGCGGAUCUUCGAAAAUUGGGGGUCAAGGUAGAUUGGCGUCGCUCGUUUAUAACCACAGAAGUCAAUCCUUUCUACGAUUCGUUUGUCCGAUGGCAGUUUCUUCUGUUAAAGAAACGGAAGAAAAUCCUAUAUGGAAAGCGUUACACAAUUUUUUCUCCUAAGGAUAAUCAGCCUUGUAUGGAUCAUGAGCGAAGUGUUGGAGAAGGUGUCGGGCCACAAGAGUACACGUUGAUCAAAUUAAAGCUGUUGUCAGAUCCACCAAAGCAACUACGGAGAUGGCAUUGUGUCUUGCAAGUAGAAAGAAACGAGAUCUCAUUAAUAGGACAAUGUGUUCCACUGUCGAAAGUCCUUCACAUACCACCAAUUCUUUUAAAUCCCACAACUCCAGGCACUCGCUUGGCUUUAGCGGAUGCCGGGGACUCAUUAGAUGACGCAAAUAUGAAGGAAGAUAUGGCCGAGGCUGGAUUGUUGCGUCUUUACGGACUCCUGGAUUGGAUAUCACAAACCGUGGAAAGCUUACGCGAUGGCUCUCAGUCAUACCGGACUGGCCCUUAUACCUUGCACGCAGACCUUAUUUUUGAAAACGAUAUCAACCGGACAAUUCAAUUAGCUGACAAGUUUUACUCCAAUAAUGAAUUCAAAGAGGUCUUAAAGACUGUAUUCUACGAGUUUCAGGCUGCUCGUGAUCGAUAUCGUGAAGUAAGCCAAGGCUCAAUGCAUCGUGAACUUCUGUUUCGCUACAUUCAAGUUCAAACCAUACUGCUCAGUCCAAUUUGUUCUCAUGUCUGCGAGCACAUUUGGGUCAAUUUACUCGGUAAUAAGACCUCUGUGUUUUGUUCUACGUGGCCUGAACUGUCGCGACCGGUAGACGAUGUACUGACACUGCAGGGUCGUUAUGUGGAUGAUGCCGCUCAUCAGUUCCGCCUUCAGCUUUUGGCACGCCAAUCAUCCAAGUCUUUCAAAGCUUCGAAGACAGGUGGAACUGCGCAGAGUAUUGCUCCUUCUGAAGCCACUGUAUGGGUUGUGAAAUCAUAUCCUCCUUGGCAGGCUAAAAUUUUGGAAAUCUUGCGUGGCAGUCUAUCUGCGGAUGGUAAAACUUUGGCCGACAAUGCUGCCAUUGCUCAGCAGAUGCGUCCUCAUCUUAAGGAGAUGGGUAAGAUGGCAAAAAAAGCAAUGCCGUUCGUUCAGCUUGUACGUGAACGAUUCGACGCCCGUGGUCAACAUGCGCUUCAGUCAGAACUCGAGGUGGACGAGUCUGCUGUUCUGAAGGCAAAUCUCAGUUAUCUAAUUGCCACACUGGGAUUGCGGGCACCGGACGGUUUAACUGUAAGUUGUUUCAACCCGUGCUGUUCUCUUUCUGAGUUGUGGUCUUGCGGUUUCGACCGGUUAUUUUCUCAUAGUUCGUGUGUUUUUGAACUCCAUCACCGUCUCCCCCUACCUUCACAUUUGUUUUCCAACGGGCUACAGUUGACCCCACCCCCUCUUUUGAAUAUUGAUUACACAAUUNACAAUUCCCAUUGUACCGCAAAGCAUUUUAGAGCCACCGAUACUUUAUGUUUAUCACCGCAACCGACAAGACUAGACAUACCCUGUGGAAAUUGUGGUUUGGAAAGAAACGUUUUCUUCGCUGAUUAG